GGUGUGUGCAGGAAGAGAAGGGGAAAAGGGGUGGAUUAGGUGUUUUUUGGAUUGGAGAGAGCUGGACAGGGAAGGGGGGGUUAAAGACGGGGGAAGAGGGAGGGGUUGGGGAAAAGGCGGGAACGAAAAUGGCGGGAGAAUCGCCGAUAGUGUAUAAAGGAGGUAACAAGAAGGGCGGGAAGAACAAGGAUGGAGCGGCGGGGGGGAUGGUCCCUCUCUCACCGGAGGAGGCGCGCGUUCGCGCAAUUUUUGAAAUUGUCAACGACAUGAUAGUCGGGAUCCGCGCAGGUCGCGAUAUCAACUUGAACGCCAUCAAGUCGGAAGCUUCGAGGAAGUAUGGAUUAUCCCGCGCGCCAAAACUCGUUGAGAUCAUCGCAGCCGUUCCUGAAGAGCAUCGUGCGGAUUUGAUCCCUCGACUGCGCGCCAAGCCGGUACGGACGGCCUCGGGAAUUGCCGUCGUGGCUGUAAUGUCGAAGCCUCACAGGUGCCCGCACAUUGCGACCACGGGGAACAUCUGUGUCUACUGUCCCGGCGGUCCCGAUUCCGACUUCGAGUAUAGCACACAAUCUUACACAGGAUAUGAACCCACAAAUACAGGUACAGGUACAGAUCAUGCACCUGGUGAUCUGGACGUCCAGCUGCUAGAAUGCUUAUGAAAGAAAGUGCGCAUGUCCAGGUGCAGAUCAUGCAACCGAUGCUACAUCUGUACCUGGACAUGCGAUUUUUUUUUUUUUUUUCAAACAUGCGAAUGUUUCCACGACUGCAGCUGUUAGAAUGCGUAUGAAAGGAAGUUCGCAUGUCCAGGUACAGAUCAUGCACCGCGGAAAUUGUCCAGGUACAGAUGUAGCAUUACGUUCCGAGUAAAUGCAAUUAAUGGAG